AUGAUUCUUAUUGCAACAAAGAUCAUUGUUGGCAUUCAUAUCUUGAUAUAUUUUGCUACAAGUCUGGUCGUUUGUAAUAAUGAUAUCCCGUUUUGUCGCAAGCGGUUCAAUGAACUGAGAGAAAACGAUAAAAACUGGCGUAAUCGAUACUUGAAUGGUGAAGGUCAAAAUCUUGCUACACCGCGCUGUGAAGCAGAUAAAGAAUACAAUUACGAGAGGAUGUGUAUGUACAAGAAGAUAUGCUUUCAUAGUAUCAAUAAAGGUAAUUUACGAAUACAGUACAGGGCCCAGAAUGUUUUCAUCACUCUGCUGCAUCAAAAUAAAGAUUAAUGCAUGCAUGCAUAGUUCCAGGAAAGAAUCUAUAUUUUCGGUUGUGAAAGACAUUUCUUUAAUUAAAGCGCAACAUGCAAAUUGACUUUAGAAUAAUUCCAGUACAGUAUCAAGAGAGUAUUUUGCUUUCAUAAUUCAUUUUAAAACAUAUAGAAAGCAAUAUAUUGUCAGCUCACACAAUUAUCCUCUUUCUUUUACAAAUUGAUUGUAGUUCCCUAUAAAUUCAGAAAGUGCAAUAAGUGCUUAUAUAUAAUUUUCCUUCUGCGUUUUCAGGCAUUCUGGCAUCCUUGUGUAGAAACGUAGGAUAAAAGUAGGACUAGAAUUUCGGGAAAAGUAGGAAUAAAGAAGGAAAAUGUACAGAAAAGUAGGAUAAAAGUGGGAGAUUUUGGAGAUGCAAAUAACACAAAAAUAUACAAAUUACCCCUUAGGAUAUAUGUGGUAAGGGGUGGACCAUUAGAUGAUGAAGAAGUUGUGUGAAGUUUUGGUGCUCAAUAUUUUUUUUGUACUUAUUCAUCUAUGCAGGAUUUUUUCUAAAAACUUUUAAAAAUUAGAUAUUAAUAUAGGCAAUGAAUGUUGCAUCGGUAUAAAAGCUAAGGCAUCUGCACUGCAGCAACACUAUUAAAAUGCGUUAUGCGUGCGAGUGCAUGUACUUGGCCACGUCAUACACCUUAAUCCACACUGUGCGGCAGGAGCAUAUGAUGCUUGAUUAACUGGGGGGUUGAAUAUUCGGAAUCUCUAGAGUCUAGAUCAUAGGAAGUGGCAUUUUCAGAGUCUUCAUUAAUUUAUUGAUUAUGAUUCUGGGAAUGCUGUGGAAUUUUAUACUCGGAAAAUGUACUUUUUCUCUUCCUGAGAUCAUAUCAUCUGGGACAUAAAAAUUACGAGUUCUAUAGAUCUAGCGAUAACAUAUACUGAUUCCCCAACGGCUGUCUUAAAAAGGUAGGAUUUAUGAAAAAGUAGGAAAAUCAAGGAAUUUUUAACAAAAAGUAGGAAAGCUAGGAAAGUUGAAGAAAAGUAGAGAAAAGUAGGAAAAGGUAGGAAAAGUAGGAUGGCCUGCGUUUUAAGUCUAAUAGUUUUAAAAAUAACAAUAAUAAAUAUUUCUAGUUUUGCCUGUGAAAAAAAAUGUUAGAAGAUGCAUGAAUUACAUUUCUUUAAAGUGCAUAUGACAUGAAAUUUCUUAUUUUCUUAAAUGAAAGAACUCUUUAAGGUGUAGUGUAACUUAUUUUUCAGUUUUUUGUUUGGUAUGUAAAUGAGUGUGAAUAUGUCCGCUAAUUUAUGACGUCAUGUUGGUUGCAAGCUCAACUUACACUGGUUAUAAAUCAAUUAACUCUAAAAACUGUAGAUAUUUAUUCACGUUUUUCAACAGUGUUUCAUCACAUUCAUCAGUGAGUGAAGUUUGAAAUUAUCAUCUUGGAUGAUAGCAGUGAUAUUCAACCAUUUUAAAGAGCUUGCAACCAACAUGACGUCAUAAAUUAGCGGACAUAUUCACACUCAUUUACAUAUCAAACAAAUUGAAAUAUCUCGGGAACAAACCAUAAAAACAAGAAACUGAAAAUUAAGUUACACUACAGCUUAAAGAGUUCUUUCAUUUAAGAAAAUAAGAAAUUCCGUGUCAUAUGCACUUUAAGUGUUGGCCAAAUAUUUCAAAUUUUAUGCUUUUGAUAAAUUUGUAAACAUUGUCUUUGAAAGAUUUUACUGAUCUGUAACUUGACACACAUUCACUCUCAAACAAAAUAACCUUUUAUAGAAAAAGUAAAAUAAAGAAAUAUGAAUGCUGAAGAUUAUCUCUUGCUAAACAUAAUUUAUUGACUUAAUUCGCUAGAACAACAGUUCAAUGCAAGUCUAUACAAAUAGUCUGUAAUGAUAUAUCGCUCUUUCUACAGGACUCCCUGCUGAACCCUACUUGCUGAUCAAAUCAAAGUCUGGAAUCCACGCCAUUGAUUUGACAACCCUAAACACAACUGUCUCAACCCUAAACACAACUGUCUCAACCCUAAACACAACUGUCUCAACCCUAAACACAACUGUCGCAACCCUAAACACAACUGUCGUCAUCAGUGGCCUUGCACGUGGGACGAUGGAGAUUGACACCGUGGAGAACAACUUAUACAUCGCAGACAACAACAGUAUAUCAAGGAUAAAUUUGGAUGAUCAUGACAUGUGCGUAGAAGUCAUUUUACAAAAUGUUAGUGCUGAUGACAUGGCAAUUAACUGGAUAGAAAAACGUCUGUACUGGACUGAAUAUUCAAAAAAGCAAAUUUACGUAGCGAAUUUGGAUGGAGAAAAUAGAACUGUGCUAAUGAACACAAAGAGUUACCCGUCUAGUAUAGCAAUGGACGCAACAGUGAGGUAAGAUUAUUGAUUUGAAGAAUUUCUUUAUGACGUGCUGUAUAUCUGAUGACGAAUUAUUUCAGUUGACUUUCAUGCGCUCCCCCAAUUUAUUUUUUUUGUGUUUUCCAUUACUUUUUGUCUGAAAUGCGGGUUCGUCGAGGACAAAUUUUAGGACGAAAUCCGAGGCUCAGAAUGCAGGAAAUGGCAUUUCCAAGGUUUAAAAUUCAAAAUUUUUUCCGGACCCCUAGUCGUGCGAGGUCUAGGAUUUCAGGAUGGAUCCGUCCCUGGGGUGCCCUUUUUAGUCAGAGCCCCUUUGAGAUGCUUCCGUGCCUAUAAUCAUGGCGCUGCGGCGUUUGCGGUUUUUUUUUCGCCGAGUCGGACCAUAGACAACCGAGAAGACAGGGAUGGCAACAAAGCCACAUAGCGCUUUAGCCCGCAUUUCUAGUCCCUGACUUCUGGAUUGUCUUUGGUCGGACUUUUGUGUGGUCUCUAUUCUGUGAGACAGAGAUUAUACCAAGCCGAUCAAGUCUUUUAAACGACGAAUGUACACACUCCAUAUAUAGAGUUCUGAUAAAUUCUUUGUAGUUUUUCGCGGCGAUAGCGUACAAUACAAGUUUUAGUAAAAAUACUUUGCAGGGCUUUCUUUCCACAUCUCAAACGCAUUAAUAAUUCAUGAGUAAACUAGCCAACCCUAUUGUUCACAUGACAAUACUGGAUACCUGGUGAAGAGUAUUGUCCUUGGACUGGAUCAAAAUUAAUUCAGUCCUUGGACUGGAUCAAAAUUAAUUCACUUCAGUUUAAAGGUGCAGUGUCAUGGCACUGAUUGGCUAAAAUAAACGGCGCAAAGAAACGUUUAAAAUUAAUGCUACAUGACUGGAAAAGAUACAACAGCCUUCAAUUUUUAAAACGGAUACAAGAGUGUCCUGCAUAACGAAGGGAUUAUAAAUAGAAUAUUGUAUUUCACUUCUAUCUUGAUUAAUUGUUGGCAGACAGUUUUUCACGUUUGCGCAUAUUUUAGAUGCGCAGUAAAACCGUGACACUGCCUCUUUAAGCAGUGAUUUAUUCUUAUGAUAUGUCAUUUCAAAUCCUCCAAUUCGGACUGGAUUAGAUUUCAAGUCCUCGCACUUUGAUCCAGUCCUAUCAGACUUUAUCAAAUUGCGCGCACUUGAGAUCUAGUCCAGUCCUCAUAGUCGGAUUUGAAAUAUUACACCUAUAGUAUUGUGCUUUCUAAUCUUUUUAUAUUGGAAAUAAAUACAUUCAUGCAGUACAUUUUCCUUUCAAAAGCUCUCGGGAGGUAGACAAUUUGUAUAUAUAUUCACUGAUGGAGACAAGUAUGAAAUGAAACGUACCUCUAUAGCCGGUAAACUCAUACUGUAAUGUAAACAAAAUACAAACAUUCCACACUGCAUGUCGUUAUGUACAAUCUUUAUAUUCAAUCUCAAUUUUUUUUCUUGAAAUUGAUUACAGAAUACUUUUUCUACGGCCUUUCGGCAGCAUUUUCCUUGGAAUAUAGUAACUUAUAGUUAUUUAGUACCAACAUAUUUAACGAACAGCUCAUCUGUACCCGUCUUUUAACAUAUUAUCGUUCUUCCUUGCUUCAUAGGUAUUUGUUUUGGACCGAGCCUAUUGCAAAGUUCGUCCGGGGAAUAAGUUUGGCUCCUAAGUACAAAGUCAUGUCAAACCGGGCGUUCUCUGAACCUUACGCUAUUACUGUUGAUUGCACCAAGAACCGAGUUUACUGGCUCGAGAAAGGGAUUCAAUCCGGCGUUGACCAUAUUGUUUCAAGUGAUUAUGAUGGCGUGGACCAGAAAACUAUUAAGAGUGGAUCAUUCAAUGAUCAUUUACUGGGCGUGCUUGAAGAUUCACUGUACUUCAUGAAAAAUGAUCUAUUCUAUGUAAAUGAAAUGAAUAUCUCAAAUGGAAAUAUAUCUCGUAAUAUUCUGUUGGACAACAAUUCAUAUUAUGAUGACCUGGUCCUUGUACAUAGCUCUAUACAGCCUCAAGAGCGAAUGGGUGAGUUAUAAUAAUCAUCAUAAUAUUGCUGAGUACCCAUUAAUUGAUUGGCUCACAUUAUGAAUGCUAAAAUUGAUUAAAAUGCAGAGACAAUCCUGUUAGGGCUACUUCGGUCCGUGAUAAUGUAAUAAAGCAAAUGAACCGAAAACGAGGCUGCAUGGGCAAAAAACUAAGACAGUGGACAAGUCUAAAUUCCAAGUACUGUGACUGCCACUUAAAGUAGGUUAGCAUCUAGAAAUCGUCAAGUGUGUCGCUUUCAUUUCUACCGUAAGUGACUUGAAUUAACGAUUAAGAUUCAAUCAUCAAUGCCGACUUGUACUGCCACCAAUAUUUUUUUACUUCAAUACCUUGCAAUUACCUAAUUGACUGCAUUAUUCAUCAUUAUAAUAUUAGCGGGCAUAUAGCUUUUUCCGGGUUAAGAAUGAUUAAUAAGCAGACUAAGAUGCAUUCCAACCCGCUGAAGCCAUUUUUAUACUAGUAGAUGGCUGCUGGCAGUUGUUUUACAUUUGUAAUGAGAAACGACUGAUCAUAAGCAUCCAUAGAAUUACCGAAUGUAGAUGAGUUUUUGCAUGUAGAUGGAAAUUUAUAUGCAGUUUUAAACCGGGGUUGUACUGAACUCAUACAGGUAUAAAGAUUUUUGUUCAUUAUUUGUACAAAUACAACCUUAUUUGCUACCAGUUACUUUGCUUUGUAUCAAUAUUUACUUGUCAAUUAAGUUGAUAUUUAUGUUUGCCAAAAAAAAUUUCUGAGUACUGGGAAUCGAACCAGUUGCAAUAUUGUACCAGUAGAUUAUUGUACACAUAUUGUAAAAUAGAUUAUUGCACAUAUAUUUAUAUAACAAUUAUGCAGGGUGAAGUAAUAAGAGAAAAAAAUAUUUAGGCUCAUUUCGCAAGUCAGUGAUAUUGGCAAAUGAGACAAUUGAAUUUCAUAAUAAGCUGGAAGAAUGGUUGCCAAGACAAGGAUAUUGGAGAAUAUGUUGGAGAGCCAGCGAACAUGGUUGGGCAGCCUCGACAUUUCAUCGGAAAUGCGACGGGAAAGUACCGACCAUAACCAUCGUUCAAGUUGUCAAGAAUAAUAAGAGUUUGGUCUUUGGUGGCUACGCUACCAGAUCAUGGGCUGGAG